ACACAGCAAUGACAGCAUAUGAAUGACAUGUCUGACACCAGAAUGAAUGAAUGAAGUAAUGAAUCCAUCUGAACCCCGAACACAGCCAAUCACCCUUCCCCAUUUCCGUCUAUGGAAUUCCUCUGCGUAAUCUGAAACUCCAUCCAAAAGCAGCAAUUCGAAUUAUUCAACGUUGUUUGAUCGAAUCUGUUCAAUUCAGACCGUUGAUGGAGCUGGUGCCGUACGAUUCCGACGCCAAAUCGGAAUCCAGCAGCGUCUCGCCGCCGUGGCAGGAGAUGUUCCGAUCCGCCUCCAUCAGAAAACCGGCCGAGACUUACCCCGCCGCGCCGCCGGAGCAAAAGCCGCCGCCGCCGCCGCCGUCGAAUAGAAACAACCUCGCCGACGACCAACAGGUACGCCUCGCUCUCUACAUAACCAUGGCCCACGCCGGCCUCGCCUUCACAAUCUUCGUCCUCUACGGAGUCUGCAAGCUUCUAGAAGAUUUCCUGCGCCCAAUUUUAUGGGCCGUCCUGUGUUCGAUCCCCUUGCGCGGCGUUCAGCAAACCCUAGUCGGAUUUUGGUCGGAGCCUCUAAAAUUAGGUCUCACCGAGACAACCUUAGCCGUCCCCGUCGCGAUAUUCCGAGCCUUCGUCGGAACCCUAGCCGAAAUCAAGGAUUUAUUUUUUCAAAUCGCCCUUAGGAAGAAGAAGAAGAAGUCAAACAGCUCUGUAACUGUAAGAGCAAAAAAGACAGGAUUUCACAAAUUACUCAGAUGGCUGGUGUCCUUUUGGUUAUUUGUAAUGGCAUACGAGUACAUCGGAUUCCUAGGAUCCAUCUCCAUCCUCGUACUCGGAUUCAUCUUCACAGCCACCGACAUCGAAUCGACGAUGAGCAAAGUCUCCACUUUCAGGAGCAAGAGCUUCCGCAGGCUUCCAGUCAGUGCAAUUUUCACCAGGGCGAUACUGAAAAGGUUGAAAACAUUUGUGGCCGUUGGAUUAAUUGUUGCGAUGAUCGUAGGGUCCCUGGCCGGACUGAUAUUCUUCUCCUAUAAGAUCGGGAUGGAGGGCAAAGAUGCAGUCUUUGCACUCAAAUCGCACGUCGAGGAGAGCAAUUACACAGAGAGAAUUGGGGUCAAAAAAUGGAUGGACGAGAACGACGUUGCCGGAAUGGUUGACAUGUAUUCGACGAAGCUCUACGAAACGGUCUCCGAUCAGAUCGAUAGUUUGGCAAUGCAGUACAACAUGACGGAAUUCGUUGCCGGAAUUAAGCAUUUCGUGAUCACUCCGGCGGCAGGGAAUUCGUCGUCGAAGUCUCAGGCAUUGAUGAGCCCUUCACCUUAUGCAGAGAAGUUCUUGAGCUUGAAAAGGCGGAUUCGAGAGCGCGAAUGGGGGCUGAUUUAUUCGGAAGUCGACGCGAUCUUCAGAGAAGUCGCGAUUAGCCGAAAGGACUUGGUGGAGACGGCGAAAGGGUACGCAUACCAGGGGGUGGAUGUGAUGCAGAGCAUUGUCGUUAGCGGGACGUCGGUGCUCGGGGGGAGCGUAAAGCUCGUGUUCUUGAUCGGGAGCUCGAUCCUCUCCGGCGCAGCCGAGCUCUUCAACUUCGUGUCGCAGUCGAUGGUGUUCUUUUGGGUUCUGUACUAUCUGAUCACGGCGGAGUCGGGCGGGGUUACGGAGCAGGCGAUGGGGAUGCUGCCGAUCUCGGAUUCGACCCGAUCGAGGUGCGUCGAGAUGCUCGACAACGCGAUCUCCGGCGUGCUGCUGGCGACGGUGGAGAUUGCUCUGUUUCAGGGGUGCAUGACGUGGCUGCUGUUCAGGCUCUUUUCCAUACAUUUCGUGUACAUGUCGACGGUGCUGGCUUUUGUUAGUUGUCUGCUGCCGGUGUUCCCGCCGGGGCUGGCGACGAUUCCGGCGGCCCUGCAGCUGGUGCUGGAGGGGCGGUAUGCGGUUGCAAUUGUGCUUGCGGUGGUUCAUUUGGUGAUUAUGGAUUACGGGACGAGUGAGAUUCAAGAGGACAUUCCUGGGUACAGUGCUUAUUUGACCGGGCUCAGCAUCAUCGGCGGGAUGACGUUGUUCUCCUCUGCAUUUGAGGGAGCUAUAAUGGGGCCAUUGAUGACUACUGUUGUAAUUGCUCUUAAGGAUUUGUAUGUGGAGUUUGUGUUGGAAGGGAACAAAGACAAAGACAAGAGUGUUUAACGAUGCUGUAAAAUUAUUAUUAUUAUUAUUAUUAUUAUUAUUAUUAUUAUGUACAGACAGUAUUUUGUUGUUGUUUUGGUUUGAUUUCUUCUCCCCUUCAGACAGGAUUUUUGAGUGCAUACAACAUUUGUACACUUUAGAUUUUUCAUUUUAUUUUUUGAGAAAGUGAAAAUGAUUUAAUUAUUUCGAUUCUA